AUGUCCAAACAAACAAGAUACAUCCUCCUCUCGCUGCCAAACUCCAUCACCCCUUCACACCACCGUGACGAUGCUCUGGAAGCCAUACGCUCGGCAGUCACGGAUAACGGCAAUGUGGCUCCCUUCGCUGUGCCGGAGUUCAAGAUCGGGACGCUAGACGCCUUGGUGCAGCAGGCGGAUGAACUGGGUAAAGUCGAGGCUCUUUGUGAGAGCGUUGUCGGUAAAGUGGGAGAUGUGCUUUCGAGCGUGCUGGAGGGUGAUGAGGAACAGAUCUCGAGGAUGAAGAUGGUUAAUGAGAGGCCGCUGGAUCAAUACCUGCAGUCCUUCUCGUGGAAUAAGGUCAAAUACAGAGCCGAUAAGUCAUUGGCGGAGUUGAUUGAUUUACUGCAGAAGGAAAUCAACAGCAUUGACAACGACGUGCGAGCAAAAUUCACACAGUAUAACGGUGUCAAAUCGAACCUGGCUGCCCUCCAGCGAAAACAAACCGGGAACCUCUCAACCAAGUCCCUCGCCUCGAUUGUUGACCCUAGCCUCCUGGUACAAGACUCUGAGUAUCUAGAAACCCACCUCAUCGCACUUCCCAGCCGUGACACCAAGGAUUUCCUACGUGUCUAUGAAACUCUCUCGCCCAUGGUGGUGCCACGCUCGUCUAUACUACUAGCCUCAGACGAAGACUACACUCUCUACGGCGUUACGACCUUCAAGAAACACAGCGCCGAAUUUAUCCACAAAUGCCGUGAGAACCGAUGGACGCCGCGCGAAUACAAAUACGUAGAAGACGGCGGAGAAGAGGAACGCAAAGAGAUCGAUCAGGUUGCUGGCGACGCUAAGAGGUUGUGGGGAGAAGCUUUGAGGCUCGGUAAGACAGGAUGGGGCGAGGCUGUGAUGGUGUGGGUGCAUAUCUUUGCACUGAGGAUGUUCGUCGAGACGGUACUGAGGUAUGGGUUGCCGUUAGACUUUACAUCCGUCUUGAUCAAGAGCACGGGCAGGAACGCUAAAAAGAUCAAGGAUGCGCUUGACUCGUCGUAUUCUUACUUGGGCGGUAAUGCGUUUACUCGGGAUAAGAAAGGUCGGGUUCGGAAAGAUGAUCCGAACGAGAUGCAACAAGUUGGUGUUCCCGACACGGCGGCCGAAUAUACAGCUUUUGUAUACUAUGAGUUUGAAGUCGAGUAG